GCCGUGCAGGUCUCCUGCUGCUCACUCUGAUGUCCUGAAACACCAUCCACAAUUUAAAACUGCAAAAGGAGAUCUGAUUCCAACAAGUUAGCAUGAAGCUCCACUGCGUGAUCCUGGGCGCUCUGCUUCUCCUGCUGCUGGCCGGCUGUGGCGGCACGCUCAAGACCUCCGCCAUCGACCUGCGGACCUUCAUCGGCUGCGCUGUGCGCGAGUUCACCUUCCUGGCCAAGAAACCCGGCUGCAGGGGGCUGCGGGUGACGACGGACGCAUGCUGGGGACGCUGCGAGACCUGGGAGAAACCGGUGCUGGAACCGCCUUACAUCGAGUCUUACCACCGUGUUUGCACCUACAACGAGACGAAGAUGAUGACGGUGAAGCUGCCCAAGUGUGCCCCUGACGUGGAUCCCUUCUACACCUACCCGGUGGCCAUCCGCUGCGACUGCGACAUCUGCUCCACUGCCACGACCGAAUGUGAGACUGCCUGAGCUCUCCUUUCCCAGGGCAGGCGAGGAGGGGCCAAAUUCUUCCCUGGCUUCAUACCCCUGGUACCUCCAGCAUUACUGAGGGUGUCAGUCAGUCCAGAAUUUGAUCUCACCCUGUAAUGCUCCUAAUCAUUGACUUUUCUGGGCAGAUGAGGCUUAAUCCCCUCUCCUCAUACUGUUCAAAGCAUUAUUGCUGUAGAAAUGUAGUACACAGCCUUACAAUAGCAAAUCCUGUGGUAAUAAAAAAUGAUGCAGUUUCCCUUCUUUACAGGCUUUUCACACGGUGUGACCUUUCUUCAUGCGCAAAGUGCACAUGGACUAAACAGUCACUGGGGGGUGGAAACAGGCCAUAAAGGCGUUACCGCCUCUGUAACAGCCUCUUUAUUCACAUUGGGUUUUAGCUCCUUCCCAGUAACGUAAAUGCAAUUACCAACAUUUCCACCACCGCGCCCCCGCCAUUAGUUCUUCUUACCCUGAGGUCUAUCAGGAAUAGCAGUCAAAGAAAAGGCCUUAAGGCCAAUGAAAUGGAAAUGAGUAUCCAGAUUGCUACCUUGAAAUUAGGGUGAAUGCAUACUCAGCCCUGACUCAGCAAAGUACUUAAGCUCAUGAUUAAAUGUUUUGCUUAAUAUCAGUGGACUUUUACAGUUAAGCACAUAUUUCAGUGAUUUGCUUAAUUGGAGCUAUUCUGUUGAAAAAAUUCUUGCCUCACAAGAGACAAUUCCUUGGAAAAAAGUGAGAAACGCAUUAAAUCUGUAA